AUGGCGAUGCACGCGAAGGCUACCCCGCCGCAGAUCCCGGACACCCGCCGCGAGCUGGCGGACCUGGUGAAGCGGAAACAGGAGCUCGCCGAGACCCUGGUGAACCUGGAGAGGCAGAUUUAUGCAUUUGAGGGCAGCUACCUGGAAGACACCCAGAUGUACGGCAACAUCAUCAGAGGCUGGGAUCGAUACCUCACCAACCAAAAGAAUUCCAACAGUAAGACGGACAGACGGAAUCGAAAGUUUAAGGAAGCGGAGCGUCUGUUCAGCAAGUCGUCUGUCACAUCUGUCGCAGCGGUGUGCGCGCUGGGCGGGAUUCCUGACCACAUGAACGAGAAGCGAGCUGCUGGGGAGGAGAUGCUCCUCAGCGGCUCUGAACGCCUCAUCCUGUCCUCAGGCGAAGCCGGCAGCGGCACCGAGAGCGACACCUCCCCGGAUCUCCAGAACCAGGAGAACGAGCCCAGCCAGGAGGACACGGAGGACGUGGACUCCACCCUGCAGGACCUGAAACCCCAGAAAGCGGCCUCCUCGUCCUCCUCGGGCAGCCACCAUGGGAGCCACAAGAAGAGGAAGAAUAAGAACAGACACAGGUAUUGA